AUGGUGAUCACACAGAAAGGUAAUAGAGAUUAUAGUAAAAAGAGAAUACAAGUGGGAAAAUACGAGUUGGGAGAGACUCUGGGAGAGGGCAGCUUCGGCAAAGUCAAGUUUGCUACGAACGUGGAGUCAGGCCAACCCUUUGCAGUUAAGAUUCUGGAGAGGAAGAGAAUCAGUGACCUAAACAUGGCCAACAAGAUAACAAGGGAGAUUGAAACUUUGAAGCUUCUCAAACAUCCAAACGUCGUCAGAUUACACGAGAUUGUGGCGAGUAAAACCCAGAUUUGUAUGGUCCUAGAAUACGUUGAAGGGGGAGAUUUGUUCGACAAAAUCCGUCAUAACGGAAGGGUCACAGAAGCCGAAGGCAGGAAGCUUUUCCAACAGUUAAUUGAUGGCGUUAGCUACUGCCACAACAAAGGCGUUUACCAUCGGGAUCUUAAGCUGGAGAACAUUCUCCUAGACGAGGAAGGAAACAUAAAGAUAUGUGACUUUGGCCUUAGCGCCUUGCCCCAGCAUUUAAAAAAAGAUGGGUUACUGCAUACAAUUUGUGGAACCCCUAACUAUGUUGCUCCUGAGAUUCUCAUUAAUCGGGGGUACAAUGGCGCCACCGCCGAUACAUGGUCUUGCGGUGUGAUCUUGUUUGCCAUUCUUUCGGGGUUCUGUCCUUUUGACGAUAAAAAUCUUGCAGUUCUUUAUCACAAGAUAUAUAAAGGGAAUUUCAAAAUACCCGAUUGGUUAUCACCUGGUGCAAAAUCCUUGAUAAGAAGGAUUCUGGAUCCGAAUCCUGUCACCAGAAUAAACAUGAGAGGCAUAAAGUCAGAUGAAUGGUUCAACCAGGACUACACUCCUGCAAAACCCGAUGAAGACGAAGAAGAAGGACAUAUACAUGUCGAUGAUGAAGAAGCUUUAAAGAUUCCAGAUUUGCAUUGCUCGACUGUUAAGGUCCCGAGUUUUCUUCGGGCUCUAUUAUGUUGUUUUGGGCUUUGUGUUUCAGACUUCCAGUGCAGUGAGUUUAUUGACCAAAAAAAGGAAGUUUGA